AUGGAAUCAAAUGGUGAAAGUGAGUCAUGCCAUCAAGCAAAACAAGAUGAGAAAAAACAUAUAUACAUGAAAACACAAAUUGAAGAUUUAUUCGAUAAACUUUCAACAACAAGAGAAUUAAACUCUACGUCAGUCAAUACAGUUAAUGUUGCUAAUAAACAUGAUGAACUUAUUCAUUUUAAUCCCGAUGAUGUUAACGGAAAAGAUGUUGCAAUGGAAAAUUUAGAACAUUGUGAAAUAUUCAUGAAAGGUAUUCCAUCAUCAUUACAUAUAAAAAAUCUUCAUGGUUGUGUUAUAAUUGUUGGUCCUUGUUCAAGAUCAGUUGAUAUUGAUGAAUGCCAUCAAUGUGAAUUUGCUUUAGCUUGUCAACAAUUACGUGUUCAUACAAGCGAUGAAUGCGACUUCUACAUUCAUAUAACAGCAAAACCAAUUAUUGAAGAUUGCCAUCGUUGUAGAUUUGCUCCAUACAAUGUUGAAUAUCAAUCAAAACAACAUGAUAUUGCACAAAGUGGUCUUGUUUGGGCAGUAGAUUAUUGGGAUGAUGUUUUAGAUUUCAAUCAUAAGACACCAGAUGUGCAUUCACCUAAUUGGGAAACAAUUGAAGAAGAAGAACGAAAAGGAUGGUCACUAGAUGUACCAUCGUCAUUUUCUUAG